GGCGUUUCCGGUUCCGUCUGUCUUUUCUUCUGUGAAACGUGACGCGAAAGCGUAUUUUUCCACCAAAAUGGUCAAAGUAAAGUGCUCAGAAUUGAGAACCAAGGACAAGAAGGAUCUCGUGAAGCAGCUCGAUGAGCUGAAGACUGAGCUCCUCAACUUGCGCGUGGCGAAAGUCACCGGGGGCGCUCCGUCGAAGCUGUCCAAGAUUCGCGUUGUCCGGAAGGCCAUCGCCCGGGUGUACAUUGUGAUGCACCAGAAGACGAAGGAGAACCUGAGGAAGGUGUUCAAGGGCAAGAAGUACAAGCCUCUGGACCUGAGGCCGAAGAAGACGCGCGCCAUCCGCCGUGCGCUGAGCGAGCGCGACGCCAACAGGAAGACCCUCAAGGAUAUCCGCAAGAACGCCAAGUAUCCGGCGCGUAAGUACGCCCUGAAGGCGUAGGUCCGAUUGGAGUGAUUAAAACAGCGCUUUUGACGGCUAAA